AUGAUCGUCCUCCGGCUGAUGUACCACUACAACAACCCGCCCGACGCGAUCACCUACACCGCGCUUGCGCCGCGGCGCGCCUGCGAGCUGCUGCAGCAGAUGCGGCGCGAGGACCACGGCCCGUCGCCAACCAUGCUGCCCGUGAUGGUGGACAGUAUGGUCGCCGCCCGCUCGUUUGUGGCGAAGUGCUCCCGCACGGGCUGCACGAGCGCGUUCACCGCCUAA